AUGCUUCCUGUUAUCCUGAAUGCCGCCAAGGACCGUGUACCGAACAUCCGCUUUAACGUUGCCAAGAUGCUUCAGUCUUUCAUACCAAUUGUUGAGCCAUCUGUCGUUGAACAAACCAUCCGACCUUGUCUAUUGGAGCUCAAUGAGGAUCCUGAUCCAGAUGUUCGUUACUUUGCUAACCAAGCUCUUCAGGCAUGUGAUCAAGUUAUGGUUGGUUAA